AUGACGGAUCAUCGCGAGAAGCCCGAUGAACGAAGGCACAGUGAUCCGACGCUCGAUGGCUACGAUGCUGGAAUUCACAACGACACUCUAGAACCAGAGCUCGUAGACUGGUACGGCGACGACGACCCAGAGAACCCGUAUCGAUGGUCGCUGACGAGAAAAUGGAUCAUCACCGUGGUCGGUUGCAUCGCCACCUUCACCACCGUCCUCAACGGGACUAUGAUCACCGUGGCUCACGCUGCCAUCAACGAGGAGUUCAAUGUCAGCGAUGAGAGGUUUCCAAAUUCAUACUGGCCCGUCACCAGUUGGGCGUUGGGUGGUGCGUUGUCCGGACUGGUCGUUCUUCCACUCAUGGAGGACUUUGGCGUACGUCCGGCGUUUCUCGUCACGUAUGUUGUCUUCAUCUGCUUCAUCAUCCCGCAGGCCGUGGCACAGAACUUUGCCACUUUGAUCGUCUCACGGUUCUUUUCCGGCGGGUGUGUGUCCAUUCUGGGCAAUACGGCAGCGGCAUUGAUCGGGAACAUUUGGGAAGGAGAUCGGGCGCGAACGAUCCCCAUGAGUGUCUUCGUCACUCUCUACCUUGCCGGAAGCAGUAUGGGCCCAGUCAUUGCUGCAGCCAUUUUCCAAAACCUUGGUUGGCGUUGGAUCUCAUACAUGCAGCUGAUCUGGUAUGCCGCCCUGUUUCCGAUGUAUUUCUUUUUCUUCCAGGAGAGUCGAGGCAACAUCAUCCUUCAGAAAAGGGUGCAAAAGCUGAGGGAAGCCGGCAAAUUCGUCAAAAGCCAUUACGACGACGUGAGCAGCUCGACUUUGUUCAAGAAGCUGGUCCGCAGCACGAAACGACCGCUGUGGAUGCUAUUCACCGAACCCGUCUUGUUUGUUUUCACCUUGUGGUCAUCGUUCAUGAUCGGUACGGUGUACCUCUUUACGCAGUCUGUCGAGCAGGUCUUUGCGGGCUUGUAUGGUUGGACCCCGUCUCAGGCUGGCUAUGUGCAGGCCGCCAUUGUAAUCGGUGAGCUUGUCGGUUGGACUGGCGUUCUGAUCUCGGCAAAACUGUACUUCGCCUCUGCUUCACGCAACACCGAAGUCCCUGGGACACCUAUACCCGAGGCAAGAUUGUACGUCAGUGUUUUUGGAAGUCUGGUUGGCGUCGUUGGUGGCAUGAUGGUAUAUGCCUGGACCAGUUACUCAUUCCUCCCAUGGAUCGCUCCAGCUGUUGGACUUGCGAUGGUUGGCUACGGGAUUGAAGUCGUCGUUCUUGCAAUCGCAGACUACGUCGUCGAUGCCUACGCCAAAUAUGCAGGAAGCGCAGUAGCCGCCGUCGUGUUUGGGGAGAAUCUAUUCUCUGCCUUUCUCCCACUGGCUGCUCAGUCCAUGUAUGGAAAUCUAGGGUUCAACUGGGCGAGCAGUUUGCUAGGCUUCCUCGCCUUGAUACUGUCGUUCGCACCAGUCUGCGUACUGAUCUGGGGUAGAAAGCUCCGAGAGCGAAGUCCAUUCAUGAAAGAAGCAAAUGUCGAGAGAAGGAAGAACGCUGUCAUCGACAGUAAUGGUAAUGCGGACGGCAGCUGUGAAUAG